UGACACUUGUUUGGCAAGUUGGGAUUGUUGGAAUUGUUGAACGAUUCCGGGUCGUUCUACACGGCGCUGCACCUCUUCUUUAUCUCUCCAUUUCUGCGAUAUCUUCAGCUCCAGGUUUUCUCCCAUUAUUCUUCUCUAUCCUUUUACUACGAUUACCUUGCUUGCUUCCACGGCUCUUGAAUUGCAACUGCCGACCAAUUUUCUCAACCAAACUCGCAGAUCAAGGCAUUCCCUCAGUAACGCACAGUUUUCUACACUUACCAUGUCUGCAAAGGGCUCAAAGAGCUCUGGCGAUGUAUUGGGGUCUAUGUUACUUCGUUCUUCGACACCAGGUCCGAAUGAGAAAGUCCUAGACUAUCUCGAAGGCAUGUCCAAGGAUGAGGUUGACAAUGAUCCCCCACGUUCUAUCGUGGACCAUGAGGAAUACCAAAGUAGAUCUCGCGGCCCCAGCAGAGUUCAAUCCCCUUCAAAGAGUCACCACAGUGACGCUCUCCAUGAAUUAGCUAAUUCUCAUGUCAGUUAUGGUCAGAACAAUCCUGAAGAGGAUGGCGAGGACAUUGCUUCCGAUGUUCAAGAGAGGUCGCAAAACGGUGAAGAAGUCCUACAUAUCCCCGGCCCUCAAGAUCCACCUGGCCCUCGUUAUGAGUCUUACGACUCUGGCCCGUCCUUCGGUAACAUGGGACCAAUGCCAGACGAUUAUUCUACAAAUCUGGCAGCCAUGAACACCUUGAAUCCUCAAUGGGAUCAAGCCCCAUCAAAACCUGUUAUUCCCUGGAAUCUCGAUACAAAUGGCGGCGUGACCCCCGGUCAGCUGUAUAAGGUCCCUCUACCAGAGUCUAUUAUUUCUCCCAGGGCUGCAUCUGUUGCGAUUGGCAUCGAACCGUCAUCCAGCAAAGGUACGCGAAACCGCAUCGCGCCAUCAAGAGCCUCUAGCUCUCCCAAAGUGGUCCCUAAUUCCCCGAGACCAGCAACCAAGGCUGAUCCAACGGCAGCUGAAUAUAGGCCACUGUCACCGCAGUCCAGCCAGUCUCGUGUGACAGGUAGGACGCGGCCCACGGAGAAAGGCACCGUUUAUCCAUCCCUUCCUGAAAGCAGGGUUGGCGAGGAGGCCAUGCCAUUAAGCCCAGUUUCUCCGGCUCGAACGAAACCGCAAUCGAUGGCACCUUCUAAGGCCCCCUCUGUCAGCCCUUCAGAUUCCCAAUCCCAAUAUAAAGCACGCUCCGCCACAAAGAGUCGCCGAGAAGGUUCCAAGGUCAAUGGGUCAGAGACUGGCGGAGAGACAGCGCCUCGUGUCAAUGGCAAAGGGCGAUCCCCGCCGAACGGGUCAUCUGCAUCUCAUCAGUCAAGGCCGUUCUCGCCGUAUAGGCACGCUGCGACUACCGAAGACCUUCUACACGCCGUGAUACGAGGUCGUGUAGUAACUAUUCCGGAAGAGUCUACGAAGGAGCUUUCACAUCAUUCAAAAGCCCCCACCGCUCCUCCUUCUGAAGUCCCUGUGCGCUCAGUUGCAAAGUCGAAAGCAUCUAGUAGACACGCCAGGACCACUUCAGUUGUGGCGUCGCAACCUGACAAAACGAGAGAUGCAGACGCUACUCCCACGCCAUCGCGUCCCAAUUCGCCUGGCGCUUUGAAUCAUGAGGAGACCGAGGUUAUGAAAGCUGCAUUAGCUUCCGUUGCGCAGACGCCACGGACAUCGUACUAUGAAGCGUCGGUUCUGGAGCCAGACGUCGCAAAUUCCCACUUUCAUGACAAAGAUCUUUGCGUCUUGUUCCAAUUCUUGAAUGAUGCUUCGACUCCGGAAGUGGUGAAGAAAGUAAUGCGAAAGGCUGUUCGACGGCGAGUUAAGGAACUGGGCAUGAAACAUGACAAUGAGUCGAUCAGGCAGCUACAGAAGAACCAUCAAGGUCACGGUUUCGGUGGGACUCAGGAGGGGGAUAGUGAGGAACCGCCGAAAUGGGCCUCAGAUCUUAAGCGAGAAAUCGUUCUUAUGCAACAACGCAUCGAAAGCCUUGGGCCAAAGAUCGAAAACCUCCGGGUUCCUCCAUCGCUCGAACCAGAAGGUGAGGAAGAGGAGUACGGCCAGACUCCGGUCACGCAGACAGUCAACAUUCACACGCAGCCGACGGGAACCAUGGCGGAUUCAACCUAUCAGCCUCACACGGAAGUGGUCAUGGAUGAAGAGGAAGAUGUUAACGAACACGGAAAUCUUCCGGAACAAGAAUACGAGGAGCCUGCUCGUCGCUUCCCGCACCUCGACGGAGAAGCCAAUGAUUACUACAACAAUGAUCGUGACGAUUCGCCUGGCCAACAGUACCUUGUCGAGGAGCUCUACAAGCUUAGGCAGAAGCCAGCCGGGAGCCAGUCAGGCCUUUCACAUCAUAGUUGGGAACUUCAUCAAGACGACGAUCAGUAUGAUGAUGAAGAUAAUCAGCAAGCGGCAGCUCCGACGAUCCCUGGCUCUGACACUGGCUAUGAGAACGAGGCCCCUCUUCCAUCCAUCCCUGCGCAGAGUAGUCGGAGCGUUGUCGCGACACCUCAACCUACAUAUGGCGAUGAUAAUUACAGCAGCGCGGAUAACGGCCUCCUUCCCUGGCAGAAGAUUCACCAACGCUUAUUGAGCUGGGCUAUAGUAUGGCCGCUUAGUGAAUUUGAUGGAGCUUUGGCGAGUACAAUGAGAGGCCGUCAGGUCAAUGAAGUUGCUAUGAGCAUCUGGUCCACACAGACGUAUAAGCGAUACGUUCGGUCACGAUUGACUGAUAAUCCUCAGAUGCCCGUCGAUCGUCUGUUUGUGCCACCGAACAUGGCUGACGCGAUCAACAAUGCUGUCUUCCACGGACGGCACGGAGACGCUUGUGGGAUGCUGCGAGAUUUGUGGACACCGUUUGGUUUGCAGGGUAUGCCACGAUUAUUAGUGGUCCUAGCCAAGCACAGGUCGGAUGAGAACCAUUGGGUUGUCCAUAGGUUCUCUCUUCCUGAGGGUCUUUUGACGACUUACGACUCAUAUCCUGAGAAGACCCUCCCCGAUGGCCGGCCCUUGGGGUGGUGGUUUGCAAUUCGUGUAGCAUGGCCUACCGCCCUCUAUCCCAAUCCUGACCACCUCAUCCAGAAGAUGGUUCGUCUUCACCGACCAAUGCAACGAAGUGUAGACAAUUCCGUCGCGGCUGGAGGCAUAUGGCGUAAUGUCCUUAUGGGUUCACGGCCUGAGAGAAGUCUUGACCUAGAACGCUUAAGGGACUUGAUCAACACAGAGGUAAAGAACCUUCGCCAAAGGAAACAAGUUGGGAAGUUGGCCAUAUCGCCUCCACAGCCUGCAUGGGAGGAUAUGAAUUAAUUCUGCUAUGAUGACUGGAUGUAUGUAUAACAGGUGUAUCUCACUUGUGCUCUAUCUCACGUUUCACUCCUUUUCUCCUUUACUUUCACUAUGUGGUAUAUUGUAUAUAUACAUGCUGGGCUGCGCCGAUUUUAAAAUAGUUGGUACAGGGUGAUAGCUUAUGUUACUUAUGAUCUUCACGCCGAACUAUUUUCCAUUAGUGCGGAUACGUUCCUGGAUAAGUAAUCAUCGUAGAUACAUUGUCUCAACUAUGGAAAUUUGAAUGUUUU